AGGCCGCUGGUGUUUACAUCGAAACCAGAAGUACUCAGUAGCUCCAACAUGUCAGCCUCUAUAGCACGGGCGACGGUGAGGGCGGUCAGCAGGCGGAAAAUACUGCCAACGAGAGCUGCUUUAACGCUGACGCCUUCGGCCGUGAAUAAAGUCAAACAGCUUUUACAGAAUAAACCAGAUUAUAUCGGUCUGAAGGUUGGCGUUCGAACCAGAGGUUGCAAUGGCCUGACUUACACACUGAACUAUACUAAAGAGAAAGACAAAUCAGACGAGGAGGUGUUACAAGACGACGUGAGAGUGUUCAUCGAGAAGAAGGCUCAGCUGACGCUGCUCGGCACAGAGAUGGAUUUCGUCGAAUCGAAGCUUUCCAGCGAGUUCGUGUUCAACAAUCCCAACAUUAAAGGGACGUGUGGUUGCGGGGAAAGCUUCAACAUAUGAACCUCGCCGCGUGUUUGGCUUCACCUAGAGCUCGAGCCCUGCAGGACAUCCAGGACACAUCCUAGAUCCAGAUCCAGACAGACAUCUAGAAGACUGAAGAGCAGAAGAGCGUUCAGAUCCACUGUAACCGGUUUCAUCUGUUCAUCACACACUUCACUGAGCAGCUUGAUGUGUGUAUGCACUCAGAGACACACUCCAUGUUCCUGCAUGGAGAGUAAUCUAGUAUUAGUUUUGGUCCCUUCUCGUCCGCUGGCUCUUUUGAUUAUCCUGAUGAGCCGAACCUGCUGGAUAUGGUAACACGUCCUCGGGGCUCGUGUGCUUUCUCGUGGCUAUGUGGUGCACAUCUGUAACCAUCUGCAUAAUAUUAGAAGAUUAUUAUUAACCUGGCACUUUCCGCAGGCCACUUGUUGUCAUUUAACCCUGUAAUAACACGCAGGACAGGAACUGAUGCCAAGUUUGGAAAUGUUAUUGUCUGAUAUGUACAUAACAGUGUAAAAGCCUGGACUGUCUCUUAACGCACAAAUAAACUUCCAUUCUACUCCAGUA